AUGUUCCAGCGCAUGCAAACUGAUCCUCCUGCUGGUGUCUCGGCCUCGCCUGUUUCCGACAAUGUCAUGACAUGGAACGCAGUCAUCAUCGGUCCUGCCGACACACCUUUCGAAGAUGGAACAUUUCGCCUCGUGAUGCAAUUCGAGGAGCAAUAUCCGAACAAACCACCGCAAGUCAAGUUCAUCAGCCAGAUGUUCCACCCAAACGUGUACUCAUCGGGCGAACUCUGUCUUGAUAUCCUCCAAAACAGAUGGAGUCCGACGUACGAUGUUGCUGCGGUGCUCACGAGCAUUCAAAGUCUCCUCAACGACCCCAAUACUGGAUCACCAGCCAACGUCGAAGCGUCGAACUUGUACAAAGACAAUCGCAAAGAAUACACGAAGCGGGUGAAGGAGACCGUGGAGAAGAGCUGGGAAGACUGA